CAAUACUCCAUCCAGGCUGACCGGACCACUACUUCAAAAUGCCUGGUCGAGCCGCUUCUCCGGCUAUGUCGGAGAAUGAAUUUGACAUCACCAAUGCGCUGUUUCAAAAUGACAGCGACUCCGACAACGAGGCCCCCGCGAAGCAACCCAAGCGCCAACCGAAGGCGGCGGCGCCCGAGCAGCUCGAUUUUCUGAACGGCGGCGGCGGCGGCGAUGACGACGACGAUGAAGACGACGAGGCGUUUAUCGCGGAGACGCAGGCGUCGGCGAACCGGAAGGCGUCGAAUCUGAAGGGUCGCACGGUGAAGAAGGGUGGUGGUUUCCAGGCUAUGGGAUUGAAUGCGAACUUGUUGAAGGCUAUUACGAGGAAGGGUUUCUCGGUGCCGACGCCUAUUCAGCGCAAGACGAUUCCGGUGAUUAUGGAGGAUCAGGAUGUCGUGGGUAUGGCGCGCACGGGUUCGGGAAAGACUGCUGCGUUUGUCAUUCCCAUGAUUCAGAAGUUGAAGAGCCAUAGCACCCAGGUUGGAGCUCGUGGGUUGAUCUUGUCGCCGUCGCGUGAGUUGGCGCUGCAGACGCUGAAGGUCGUGAAGGAGCUGGGGAAGGGCACGGAUCUCAAGUCGGUGUUGUUGGUUGGUGGUGACAGUCUGGAGGAACAGUUCUCGAUGAUGGCUGGUAACCCCGAUAUCGUGAUUGCGACGCCCGGUCGGUUUCUGCACUUGAAGGUCGAAAUGCACCUUGAUCUGUCGAGUAUUCGCUACGUUGUGUUCGAUGAGGCCGAUCGCCUGUUCGAAAUGGGUUUCGCUGCUCAAUUGACUGAGAUUCUUCACGGCUUGCCGUCUACUCGUCAGACCCUGCUCUUCUCGGCUACCCUGCCCAAGUCCCUGGUGGAAUUCGCGCGCGCUGGUCUGCAGGAGCCUACGCUUGUUCGUCUGGAUACUGAGAGCAAGAUCUCGCCUGAUUUGCAGAACGCGUUCUUCUCUGUCAAGUCCAGUGACAAGGAGGGUGCCCUGAUGUAUAUCCUCCACAAUGUGAUUAAGAUGCCCACGGGCCCGACGGAGGCCGCGCAGCGCAUGAAGGAAGAGAACGCUAGUGGAAAGGGCGGGAGGUUUUCGAAGAAGCGGAAGCGAUCGGACGACAAAGGAAUCAACUUUAAAGAGUCGCCUACGAAGCAUUCGACGAUUAUCUUCGCCGCGACCAAGCACCAUGUCGACUACCUGUAUUCCCUGCUGAAAGAGGCAGGAUUCGCUACUUCCUACGCUUACGGUUCCCUCGAUCAGACGGCUCGUAAAAUCCAAGUGCACAACUUCCGUACCGGCAUUUCGAACAUCCUCGUCGUCACUGACGUUGCAGCCAGAGGUAUCGAUAUUCCCAUUCUGGCUAAUGUCAUCAACUACGACUUUCCCUCGCAAGCCAAGAUCUUCGUCCACCGUGUCGGUCGUACCGCGCGUGCUGGCCGCACCGGUUGGAGUUACAGUCUGGUCCGUGAUUCCGAUGCCCCCUACCUGCUCGAUCUGCAGCUGUUCCUCGGCCGGCGACUGGUCCUCGGUCGGGAGCAUGGCGAAAGUGUCAAUUUCGCCGAGGAUGUGGUUGUGGGAGGAUUUCCCCGCGACGGCCUGUCUCAGAGCUGCGAGUGGGUGACCAAGGUCUUGGAUGAUACGGUGGACAUUGCUGCGCAGCGUUCGGUCGCCAGCAAGGGUGAAAAGCUCUACUUGCGCACGCGUAAUGCAGCAUCACUGGAAAGUGCCAAGCGCUCGAAAGAGGUGGUCUCAUCCGAUAACUGGACCGCCCUGCACCCUCUGUUCAACGACGAGACCAGUCAACUCGAAGCCGAGCGCGAGAAGAUGCUGGCCCGUAUCGGAGGCUACCGGCCCAACGAGACCAUCUUCGAAGUGAACAACCGCCGCAGCGGCAAGCCCGAGAACGAGGAGGCGCUCCACACAAUCAAGCGUGUCCGUACCACACUCGACUCGAAGAAGAAGCGCGCCCAGGAAGCGAAAUCAGAAUUCGACGACGACGACGAUGUACCCACCAAGUCCGGAGACGCCGAUGCCAAGGACGCUGACGGUGCCUUCUCCGAUGAAGACGAAGCCGGCGAAGGUGCUGCCGACAACAUGUCACUUGCCUCGGAAACCGACCUCGAAGUCACCUUCUCCUCCUACAACCAGUCCAGCAACAAAAAGGCCAAGAAAGAAGCCAGCGCUACCUCCUUCCAGAACCCCGAAUACUUCAUGUCCUACACCCCUAACAACACCAACAUGGCCGAAGACCGCGCGUACGGCGUGCACUCCGGUACUAACGCCAACUUCGCACAAGCAUCCCGCGACGCAGCCAUGGAUCUGCUCGGCGACGAAGGCAGCCGCGGGUUCGGCGAGCCUCGCACCAUGAUGCGCUGGGACAAGCGUCACAAGAAGUAUGUGUCGCGACAGAACGACGAGGACGGAUCGAAGGGUACCCGUCUGGUGCGUGGUGAGAGUGGUGCCAAGAUCGCCGCUAGCUUCCGCAGUGGACGCUUCGACGCGUGGAAGAAGGGCAAGCGACUCACUCGUCUGCCGCGUGUCGGUGAGGCUGAGACACCGGGUCUUGGGGCGGAUCUUAACCAUUACCGCGGUGGUAGACGCUUCAAGCAUAACAAGGAGCAGGCGCCGAAGCGGGCAGAUCCGCUCCGUGGAGAUUAUGAUAAGAUGAAGAAGAAGAACGAGGCGGCGAAGGAGCGCCAGUUGGGCAAGUUUGGAGGGGCCGCAGCGGGUGGUAAGAGUGAGCUUAAGAAUACCGAUGAUAUCCGGUUAGCUAGGAACUUGAAGCAGAAGAGACGCGAGAAGAAUGCUCGGCCGUCGAGGAAGAAGUAGGUGACUUGAGGUUAGUGGUGUGGUUUGUGUGCUAGGAUUUGCAUAUGUAGAUACCAUGUUAGAUAAAAGUGAUAAUUAUACCAGGAGUCUGAAUAUACUGGCAUGAUAUGAUUGUAGACUUA